AUGGAAUUACCCCCAGGCUCUUCAGAUCUGGUUGCUUAUCCAGACAGUAAGGUGGACAUUGGAGACCAAGAACAAUCUCCAGAAGAGAAAUCCUUGCCAGGGGACAUAGACUCAAUAGGAGACGCAAUCUCUUUACGUGGGCUUAAGGAAAAGGCAGGUCGGCAGGAAGUGCAGCAACUGAACGAGAUUUCUGACUUCACUGUCACUGACUCUGACAAAAACGUGACAACAAACACAAGCCAGGAACCUACCCCUAUGACUACUUCUUCUCCUUCUUCUCCUAAGGACGAAAUGGUUCUUUGUUCUGAAGUAAACUACCAAGAGGCCUUGGAGAAGAAGAAGAUCCGUGCAGAAGCUAUUACUUUCCUCCGUGCUCGGGCGCAGGCGCGUCUGGCCCGGUUGGACGCAUUGUCUGAGGAAGUUUUGCUAAGCCGAACGAGCGAGCAGUAUCAAUACCACCCCAACGAGCGUAACAGCGUGUCAAUCUCUCCCCAGGUCCUUGCCGAACCGAGCAUUACAUCUGCCGUCAAGAUGGAGCCAGUCCAGGCAGCUAAGAAAAAGAAGACGAAGAGCAAGAGGAUGCCUAAGACGCGAGUGCCUCUUGAUAUGAGAAACACUGACUCUCCCAACAAUCACACGUUGAACCCGGCUAGUCUAAGUGUGCGUGUGUUGAAUGUGCAGCCCUUACGCAAGGAGGCAACUCCUAGUGAUGCCCCGUCUUAUUCGACUCGAUUUCAGGAUCUGUCGGAGCCCAGCCCAUCCCCAUGCUGUCAGGAAGCUGAUCUCAAGACUGAACAUUCCGACUCUACUGCACCGGGAAAGGACUUCGCAGCCCCUUCUGCGACUCAAUAUGAGAACCGAUUGCAAGUCGAACACAAGGAUACGACCGAUUGUCACGAAGGUUACUCGACGGGGCAGACCUACCGGGAUGCACUUCUAGGUACAAUGGAUCGCAGAGACAAAAGGCACGUCUCAUGUACAGAUACGGCGACAAAAGGUGGCAUAACAGAGCACAACGGUGCGCUACAUGCACAUCCAACCCCGCUCGCAAUCGAAGAGUGGCCGAGUAUCACUGGAGGUACACCUGCUGAGAGAGAUACACGUGAUACAAGUCCCAAGGCUGCUUCCUCGAUCGAUUUAGGACAAGAUGAGGAGGUACCAAGCGCAGGAUCUUCCACCUGUGCUCAGCCAUCGUACAGUGGUCACCCUACACGCAAAAAUAAGGCUUCUUCAAAAGAAAAGCUACCUCCUAUACAAGAAGUGAUAAGUUGGACCAGCGCCGAACCUCAGGGCACGCCACAGACCGAAUCCUCUGAGAUCGAAGCCACGGAAACCAAGAACCACCACCAGAAGAUCUUCACCGAGACAGGAACUGUUGUGAUCUCCCAAACAAAGAGCAGCCAUGCACACCCCUCGUCAUCUUUGAGCCUUGAGAGACCAGGUCGAUGUACCACAACCGCGCAAAAGUACAUAUCCACCCAGAAACCAGAAGGAUUUUUCUGGCAGCUCGAUAGUCAUGGAUUUCCCUGCGCGAAGGCAGGAUGUGAAAAGCGUUGUAACUUAUGGGAUGGUGCAACUGUCAUCUGCCCUCGAUGCGGGCCAUUCUCUGAAAUUCGUUAUUGCUGCAAAGAGCACCUCCUGGAAGACAUAAAAUAUCAUUGGCUAUACUGCGGACAGAUGACUUUUGAACAUCCUUGCCGAGAGAAUUCGAUCCCCGGGGAUGUGCGAGAUGGGCUACCCUUGGUUCCUUGUCUACACCCUUAUGAUACACCUGAACGUCAUCGUCAGGCCGUGUAUUUCAAUGCAGAGGUUCGUGAGGGGGAUUAUUUCAUCUUCUCAGACUGGACCGAUCUGGUGAAAGCCGGCUUCCCAGAGAGCAAUGUCGAGGUGCGGUGUUCAAGUCAAGUCAUCUAUACCAUUAGGUUCGAAGAUGCAAGUGAGAAAGACCGGUUUCGUCGUGCUCUAGCGACAUGCCUCUUCAUGACAAUCGAAGUUACCGAACUUGUAGAUUUUCUAUUCCGGCUAAUUCGAGACAAACUCCGAUCACAGACCGCCCCCAUAGAGCUUGAAGCCACGCUCAAGUAUCAAUUUCAACAAGAAUUCUGCGUGACCAUACAGCCACAUAUCACCGGAGAGAGACACGCCUGUGUGACGGAUUGGGAUGGAAGGAACCGCCGUAAUUGCCAGGAUGCUAUCUGCAGAGCUGAAUACCGUCGUUUGCUUGGAUCCCUUGGGGGAAAGGGUCAUUGUCAGCUCAUUGAUCACUUGGAAGGCAGUUACUGGAUUCUUCGAGCGGCAAGAACCACCCAUCCGGAUGUAACUGAUGCCAAAGCGCGUAUGUGUGGAGAGGGCUUCAGCGACGUCGCGGAUGAAGAUAGAAGAGAGUUCCGCCGGGGCGCAGGAUGGGAUGGUGCUGGGACUGGGGAUAUGGAGAUCGAGGGAUUCAAUGAUGAUUGA